AUGCUAUGUAUGGAAGGGGGAUCUAGCUCUUCCUUUCAAGAUUCUCCACAAUCAAGUCACAGAAGGAAAGGUUCCGAAGAUUUAUUAGCGACAAUGGAUAAGAAGUGUCUAAUCAAAGAUUUCGCCUGUAUUUUAUGUCAAAGAAUUUGUAAUGUUCCUGUAGCAACAACGGUAUGUAUGCAUAGAUUUUGUGAGAGUUGCAUGAAUCCACGGAUAGCUGCUGGCAAUCUCCGUUGUCCCCGGUGCAACACACAGCUUGAUCCACAUCAACCUGUGUGCCAUGAUUCGAAUUUUCAGGAUAUUAUUGCUAAGAUAGGUUUUGAUCUGAACACCGUACACGAUCUGUGCACAAGAAAGCCUCAUUCCACCUCAAGCGAUGAAGAAUAUAUGGAUAUGUGUAACGUCUCUGAGGAACGCAGAAAAAUUAUAAGGAAGAAAAAUGCUCCCCAUUGCCGAAUUCAUCCUUUAGCUGCUGAACACGCUUUCUAUUGGGAUCGGAAGUUCCAUGGUAGUAACGUGUUAGUCCAACGUUAUCUGAAGAAAAUGGGCUUACCUCAUUCUGAUCCUCCCGUCACCCUGCCGAAAAUCCCUGAACAUGAUGGAGUAGACGCAGAAGAACGACGACCGUUCCGAAUUUAUGGAAAUCUCAUCAAUCAUGUCCCUCCACCUCUUCGAGACAAGAGAAUCAAGGAUUUUGGUUCUAGUGUAUAUGAUGCUGAGUACAAGCUUUUCGAGUGCAAUAAAGAUCAUGUUUGGCCAACAGUCGAAAAGAAGGAGCCCAAUAGAUUCGGAAUCACUGCGGAGUACAGGAAAAGUCUCGUUAAAGUGAAUCGGAUGUUACGUUCGAAGUCAAAAUCUGGUGAUGCUACCGCUUUGGACGCCGGAGGGACAGAUUCUGGAGAUGAGAAGCCUUUGAGUAGUUAUUUGAAGCCAAAGUCCAGCGAACCAAGCGAAAAAAUUGAAUUAGAGGGAGAUAUUUACCUUGAGAAGGAAGCAAAUGGGGAAUCUUCAAGCAAAACCUCUGAUUCAGAAGAUGCUAAGGAUUUAUUUUCUGAUCGACAUCAUUUAUAUCUGAAUCGCCAAUCAGCAGCAUCUAUAGCGUUGGUUCUUCGUCCUAAUCGGAAUCCAAAGUCUUCCUCUCGGCUUGUGCAACCUCGUGAACUCCCUUCGUUUUACCUCUUCGUUGGUGAAAAAGGAACUAUUGCGCAUGUCGAGCAGUUUGUUUUAAUGCGGAUAAACUCAAAGUAUCCGCGCACGAAAGGAAAGAUUUCUGUUCUUCUCAGCAACAUCCUUUGGGAGUGCAAAGCUGCUCGUAUGGCUAUGCUUCAGUGUAUGCGCGAGAAUGGACCGCACUCUUCGCGAAUAUCGCCUUUGAAAAAUGAUUUAGCUACACUUUCCGAUGUCAAGGCUCUUGCGAAUAGCACCGCGUAUUCUAUUAGCACGAAAAAUGAUGACAGCACGGUCUACGCGUCCUCAUUUCCUGUCACGAAGCUGGACACAAGCCUUCAACUUUCCGAAGUGCGUGAUACGGAGAGAAAGUCGGUCGUUUCUUUGUUAUACACUGUAGCUCCGUGUACCAUAUCGGGCGGCUGA